AUGCGUCAAGUUGUUUAUGUGCUGUUGCUCUCGCUGUUGCUGCAACGGAUUGCGGUGAGCAGGUCGGGCCGUGAGCUGAUUUUGAUGCCGCAGGAGCAUGAUGUGCUGGCCGAGGCGAUGGCGCAGGUGCUGCAGCAGUCGGAGAUGUCAAAGGCCAACACGCUCUAUGUCCACGUGCAGUGCAGUGAGCCGGGGACGCGACCCUUGCUGCUGGAUCUGCUGCAUCGGCUGCUGGCGCUGUCGACACGACCGACGCAGCCGCGCUGUCUGCUCUUCAACCGGCCCAUGGACUACAAGCCGCAGGUUCAUGCCGUGCUGCUCCUUGUGGAUGACAUGCAUGCCCUGGAGCGCAUCUACCGCCAUCUUCGCGCCACCGGCAAUCUGUCCUACACGCUCAUCUACAUGCUCCAACCGCAGGCCACGCUCGCCAUGCAGCUGCUCUGGCAGCUGAGCGUCUUGAAUGUCGGCCUGCUCCUCUUCGACGACAGGCGUCAGCUGCAUAUGCUCAGCUAUUAUCCGUUUAGCCUCAGACAUGGCUGUCAGGUGAUCCGAGCCAGCGUCGUGAAUCGUUAUCUCUCGGCGAUUGGCAGCUGGGCCAGUGCCAACUAUUUUCCACCCAAGCUACGCAAUUUCUACGGUUGCAAACUCACCUGCGCCACCUGGCCGGAUAUGCCUUAUCUGCUCCUCCGGCCCGAUGGCUCCUUUGUCGGCAUCGAGGGCUCCCUGCUCCAGUUCAUGGCUCAGAAUCUCAACUUUAGCAUUGGACUCUACUGGCUGGACACGACCCAAGUGCGCGCCACCUUCAACGAAUCCGGCUGGAUAUUCGAGCAGAUCUUUGGCGGUCUGGCAGACUAUGCACUGGGUGGCUUCCACUAUAAGCCAAGCGACCAUCGCGAGGUUGCCUACAGUCAGUCCACAUAUUACUUUAUGAGCCAUAUAAUGCUGGUGACCAAUCUGCCCAGCGCCUACUCCGCCUACGAGAAGCUCGCGUUUCCCUUUCACCCGCUGCUCUGGCGCAUGAUUGGACUGCUCGUCAUAGUCUGCUGCGCAGUCAUCCUUCUGCUGCAGCGUUGUCGCCAGCAUUUGCCACAGCAUCCGUACUACCAGUUGCUGGUGCUCGCCAUGGGCGGGAAUCUGCUGUUCGAGGCGCUGCCACGCCGCCAAUCGGGACGUCUGUUGCUGAUGACUUGGCUGAUUGGGGCGCUGGUGCUGCGGAGCGCUUAUCAGUCCGGGAUGUACAAGCUGCUGCGGCAGGAUACGCAGAGGAAUCCGCCGCAGACAAUAGCGGAGGUGCUGGCCCAGCGCUAUGCCAUACAGCUUGUGGCCUCGAAUCGGGAUCGCUGGCUGGUUAGUCUGCCGGAGCUGCGGACGCAGCCGCUGCUGCCGCUGAAUGGCAGCGAGCUGGAGUCGUUCGGUAGUCUGGCGGCCACCAGUGGCACCGAGCAGCGGCUGGCCAUCAUCACGCCAUACGAGUACUUUGGUUACUUUCGCAAGGUGCACGCGAUGAGUCGCCAGCUGCAUCUGGUGCGGGAGCGAAUCUUUACGCAGCAACUGGCGUUCUAUGUGCGGCGGCACUCGCAUCUGGUGGGCGUGCUCAAUGAGCAGAUACGACAUGCUCAUGCCUAUGGCUUUCUGGAGCACUGGACGCGACAGUAUGUGAGUGCUGUGGACCAGAAAGACGAGAGCAUAGUGCGCAUUGGGCAUAGCCUGGGUGCAACUUCGGCGGACGGACAGCAAACGGAGGGCGAGUCGGAGGAGGCGUCGAACAAGCUGCGCGUGCUGGCAUUCAAUGAGCUCUCGGCGCUGUUCUGGUCCCUGCUCUGGGCCCACUUGAUCGCCCUCCUUGUCCUUGGCCUCGAGCUGCUGCUCUGUCAAUUUCGCUGCACUCGGUUAUUUAUGCCGCACGCCUUUUAA